AUGUCCACACCUUCUUCGGGCAUCCCCAGGAUCACCACCACCGUGGCAACCCCUGCCGCCACCGCUGUCUCUCAGGAUGACAACACCUACUUUCAUGCCCCGACCAACACCGCCGAGCAGGAAAAGGCCCCCGAGUACACCUCAAGAGACUCCCUGGACUCGCUGAACGAGGACGAGGUCCUCCAGCCCCACCAGCGCCGAGCCAUCGAUUCACAGGACGUCUCUUCUCACACCGAUGCCCUUGCCUCAUCCAGUCUCGGACUUGCCUUCUCGGACCCCAUGUUGGCGAUCACGCAGUUGCCCAAUGCCGGUCGACGAUCCUCGAUUGCCUCGUCCAUCCAUUCCAGCAGGACGGCUGCCUCGUCUCUCCGCCGCCAUCGUCUCCAGCAACAGCAGUUCUCGCUGGACGAGAAGAAGGAUCAUCAUCUUCAUCAUGAUGCCUCACAGCCGAAUAUGCAGGAAGUAGGUCAUCCUCACGCAGGUGUCAACGAACCUACCAUGUCUGGACUGGACGGCGCACACCUUGAGUCGGCCCUGCAUUCUGACCUGAUCGAAGUCGACGAUGGAUCGCCACCCAUGGACAGCUCCUGGUACGGCUACGUGAUCGUCGCCUGCUGCUUCACCAUCUACUUUAUCGUCUUUGGAACCGAACAUACCUUUGGUGUCUAUCAGGAGUACUAUGGUUCCCCUAAUGCCGAACCCUGGCUCAGAAACGCCUCUGAGCAAGGCAUCACCAUGAUCGGAACCUUGGCUACUACCUUCACAUACCUUUUGGGAGCCUUCAGCGGUCGGUUUGCGGAUAUGGUUGGCUACAGAGUCUCUGCGGUCCUGGGAGCGGUUAUUAUGGGUGCUGGUAUGAUUGGCGCCAGUUUUGCGAAGAGUUUGUCGACGCUUUAUAUCUGCCAGGGUGUGGUUCUCGGUGUCGGGUCGAGUCUUGUUUACUUGCCUGCCGUGUCUUGCCCUGCCCAUUGGUUUGAGAGGUAUAGGUCGAUUGCGAUCGGUAUUGUGGUCUGUGGUUCUGGAUUCGGAGGAUUGGUGUUGGGACCGCUGACUGAGUAUUUGAUUUCAGCGGUCGGUGUGCAGUGGACGUUGAGGAUCCAGGGCAUUCUGUGUCUGGUUGGUAUUGGUGGAUCGGGCAUGAUGCUCAAGACGCGUGUCAAGCGUGUUCCUGGACAGUACAAGCGUGUACCAAUGGAUUUCACUAUCUGUAAGGAAGUGCCAUUCCUUACUCUGACCCUGGCCAACUUCUUGACCUCCCUCGGAUACAUGAUCCCCUUCUUCUUCCUUUCCGCAUUCGCUGUGCUCCACGGGGAAACCCCCAAGACAGGAGCCCUCAUGAUCGGAAUCAUGAACGGCGCCUCCCUUCUUGGCCGUCUCUCCCUCAGCUUCGUGACCGAUCGCGUCGGUCGCAUCAACAUGCUCUUCAUCUGCGCCUUGAUCUCAGGCCUCAGCAUUCUCUGCAUCUGGUCCGUCGCCUCGUCCGUCGCCGUCCUCACAGUUUUCUCCGUCAUUUACGGAUUCACCUGCGGAGGCUACUUCAGUGUCAUCCCCUCCGUCAUUGCCGACAUCUAUGGCCUCGACCGUCUCACGACUGUUACGGGUUUGCUGUACGGAAGCAUUGGGUUUGGAUACUUGAUUGGAUCCCCUGUCUCGGCGUGGCUGUUGGAUAUUACAAAGCCUAACACGACGUAUAUCUAUGUGGUGAUCUUCUCUGGUGGUUCGAUGACCUUGUCGAGCGUGGCUGUGUUUUAUUUGAAGUACUGGAAAUCCAAGGGUCGCUGGUGGAUUCAUGGAUAA